UAAGGUAAGGUCAUAGUUGGUGUAGUCUCUGGUUAAGUGAUUUCCUAUUUGUUUUUAUAUGGGUUGCCCAUGUGAGGUGUCUAUAUCUAGGUACAUUCCGAGAUAUUUUACUGACUGAGCAGGUGAUGGUAUUUCUCUAUUGUUGAUGUAAACUAAAGGGCAAUCUCGGGGACGUAAUGUAAAAAGUUAUGUGAAUUAUUUCGAUUCAUUUAGUUUUAUUUUCCAUUUAAUAAACCAACUUUGUAAUUCAUUAAGAUGGUUCUGGAGGUGAAGGGAUGCUGUGUACGGAUUUUGAUCAGAGGCUAUUAUAUCCGUAUAGUCUGCAAAAGUUCCAAGAGUUGUGGCAUCGUUAUGUGGAAUAUUUGAGGUGUAGAUGUACAGAGUUGGUGCGAGGAUUCUUCCUUGGGGUACUCCGGCAUUAAUUGAACGAUAUUCAGAAAAAGCGUCGUCAGAGAAAACUGAAAACUAAGUACAAAAAAAGACAAUGGCAGUAUGGCACAUGUUAAAAAUCUGUCUCCCGAGGACUGAAGAUCAAAAAUUCUAAACUUACUGUUACCUAUUUACUAGCAAGCUACUAAUUACGACAUCAUGUGGUAACGUAUAAAAGUUAAUAACCUUGUCAUGUGGACAGGCGAAUGCGAAUAAAUAGUUCGACACACGAUUUAUUUAUUAUUUAAAUCGUAGUUCCGGGUUCGACAGUCUUAUCGAUUUUUAUUCAUGUUUCUGCCUCACCGAGUUUAUUUAUCACACUAUCACACUUAUCAUCAGUUAUCAGUUUAUCAUCUUUUUGUCUAUUACUCUAUAGUCUAUUCGAAUCUCGAGAUUUCGAAACAACAGACAAUGUCGAAUAUUUUGCAAAGACUUUUCGGUCGACAUCGGCUCCCUCUUGCCUCGACCGUUCUCACGAAUUAUUUGCGACAAACUAAUGAGCCACCGUGGACAUCAUUUUUUGUCAAAUACACCUCGGUAAUCGACGACCAACGAGGUCGGUCUCACUUCAAUUGGAAAACUGGUGACUCGAACUAUCACGUUUUACGCUCCGGCUGUUUCCCGUAUAUAAAGUACCAUUGCACCAAAAGACCGUACAAAGAUCUGCGAAUAGAUGACCGAUUGUUUAGUGUUUUAAAAAUCAUCAACUUGGGUAUACCAUUGUUUUUGUAUGGUUUAUCUGCUGUUUUUAUGAUUUCAUAUAAAGAAUUAGUGAAGACACCUAAAGGAGAUGUUUAUAUUUAUUUUCUUUUAAAAGAAGACAAAGGUUCAAUGCAUUAAAAUAUUUUUAAAUUUAAAUAUAGGUAGUAUGUUUUAGAUGAAACUGAAAUUAAUUUUGUAACUUUCUAAAUUAUCUAGUUAUUUAAUUAAAGUACUAAACAUAUGAUAAUUAAUGUUUAUAAAAUAAUAUAAAUUAUCAUAAAAAAAAUUACUUGUAAUGUGAUUAGCUUGUGUUAUUUAUAUUAUAUUAUUAAGUUGUAAUAUAAUUUAAAAAAUAUUAAGUUAAAGUUUGGUCUUCCAUUUAAACAUAUUUUUUAUGAUAUUACAAAUAAAAUAAAACAUGUA